ACCAGGAGCAUCUUAUUCACACUCCUGUAUUUACGUAGACUACACCAGAGGGUCCCACAGGGAAGGAGACAUCCACCGGACGCGUCCAAUGGAAACGUAUGUGGUGUGAAAACCCAGACCGGGUGUUAAUUGUAUUUUUCAGCGAAAUUAUGCUAUAAACGAUUUUGGAUCCUGUUAACCUUUUUACUUUUGCGUGCAUCUGUCUCGGCCAGUCCUCCAUUUGUCAUUCGCUGCCGCUUGUCUUAAAUCAACCCACCCACACUGCUGGUGUCUGUUUUUCUGAGUCCUGUGGUGAGGAUGGAUACCCGGCUGCUGGUUCUGUUCUGCGCUGUCGCUGCCCUGUCGGGGACCCGUAGCCCCGUGGCUGCUGCGGGGAGGAGCUGUGCUGACACCCGGCAGGUGUACUCCGAGAAAGGGUACAGCACAAGCACCGCUCCGGUGACUCAAAUCUCAGGUGAGCACCUGCGGCUCUGUCCCCAGGACUACACCUGCUGCUCCAGUCAGAUGGAGGAGACGCUGUCCCUCCAGAGCGAAAGAGACUUCCUCAAAGCCACUGAAGACAACAGCCAGUUUCUUUUGACCACCUUCACUCAGAGACACCGCAGGUUUGACGAGUUCUUCAGAGAGCUUAUUGACCUUUCAGAGAAGUCUAUGAACCAGAUGUUUACGAAGACCUACGGCCUGCUAUUCACUCAGAAUGCUCACGUCUUCCAGGAACUAUUCGUGGAGCUUCGCAGAUAUUACUCUGGAGGAAGUGUGAGUCUGUCAGAGGUCCUUUCAGAUUUCUGGUCCCGACUGGUGGAGCGGGUCUUCUCCCUGGUCAACCCCCAGUAUCAGUUCAGUGAGGACUAUCUGGAGUGUGUGAGCAAGCAUGCUGAGCAACUGCAGCCGUUUGGAGAUGUGCCCCGCAAACUUCGAGUACAGGUCUCAAGGGCGUUCAUAGCAGCCAGAGCACUGUCUCAGGGCUUGGCUACUGGUCGGGAUAUUGUGAACAAAGCAACAAAACUGACUGCAGAUUCAGAGUGCGUGCGUGGCCUGAUGCGUCAGUGGUACUGCCCACUGUGUCGAGGCAUGCCCUUCCUGCGGCCCUGCCACUCCUUGUGCCUUAAUGUGAUGAAGGGCUGCUUAGCCAAUCAGGCUGAUUUGGAUACAGAAUGGAACAAUUUCAUUGAUGCUUUGUACCUGGUUUCAGAGAAGCUGGAGGGGCCGUUUAACAUUGAGCUUGCAGCCGACUCCAUCUCUGUAAAAGUGUCAGAGGCCAUUAUGCAUAUGCAGGAAAACAGUGUCAGCAUCUCCAGUAAGGUUUUUCAAGGUUGUGGAAACCCAAGGCCAGCUCCAGCCCGGUCUAAGCGCUCACCCAAAGAACCAGGGGGCAACAGGAGGCCCUUCCGCACCUACACCCCUGAGGAGAAACCCACCACUGCUGCAGGCACCAACCUGGACCGACUGGUUACUGAGCUGAAGGAAAGACUGCGGCCCAUGCGAGGCUUCUGGGUGUCCCUCCCACACACCAUCUGCAACGAUGAGAAGAUGGCUGCCGACGUCACUAAUGAGGACCGCUGCUGGAAUGGGCAGACUCGGGGGAGAUACCUGCCAGAUGUGACAGGUGAUGGACUUGUUAGUCAGAUCAACAACCCUGAGGUGGAGGUGGACAUUGCCCGUCCAGAUGUGAGAACCAGACAGCUAAUUAUGGAAUUAAGGGUGGUGACAAAUAAACUCAAGCACGCUCAGAGCGGACUGGACAUGGACUUCAUGGACAGUGAGGAGGGCAGUGGCUCAGGUGGUGGAGAUCAUGGUGAAAGGUACAAUGAUGACUGGCCAGGAUAUGGGCCAUACUCUCCACCUUACAGUAAACCCCCACAUAAUCCUGCGUCCAGUCCUGCAAAGCCUCCUCGAGGCAGAGAUAGAAAUGGGCCCAAGUGGAACAAAAACAACGGCCAUGGACGGGCUCGGUCUGCAGCCAGUCUGCAAACCUUCUCCCAACUUUCUCUGUUGUCUUUGCCUUUCAUGGUCUCUGUGUCCCCCAUGUGGAGAUAGCUGGUUAUUACUAUCCAGAGAGUCUUUUAAGCACAUUAUGAAGGGGGGAAAUUUAUGUUCUAAUUGGGAAUACCAGCAAAAUAAAAACAAAACAAGGAAAAUUUAGGACAUGCUAAUUUAGCAAUAAUCAAUCUUUUUACUGCACUAAAUAAAUCCAAAUAAAUUAAAAUUCCCAUUCCCUAAUGAAGAAAAACAGACAUUACUUGGCAUUAAUGGUUACAAACAAAACCUAAUAAGCACAGCCAUGUUUUUAGGGCCAUUUGUGAGAUUUUGACCUAUGGAAGUUUGAUGCUGAAUGGUGAGCUCCACUGGAAGUCUUGAGAGAGAAAUGUUUUUUCUUUUUUUUUUACAUCUAGUGAAAUUGGCAGUUUGGCUGGAUGAAAGAGCCACAGCAUGGUUUAACGAUCUAUGAGGCAGAAAAUAGUUGUGACAACUAAUACUCUUCGUUUGUUACUUUUCUCAUGAAAUUUAGCUCAGUCAUUCACUGCCUGGCCAAAAAUAAGUUGCCACAAAAAAACAAAAAACAUUACACCCUCUAAAAUUUCAUUGGGCCGCCUUUAGCUUUGAUUACAGCACACAUUCACUGUGGCAUUGUUUCGAUAAGCUUCUACAAUGUCAUAAGAUUUAUUUCUAUCCAGUGUUGCAUUAAUUUU